GCGGACCCACAUAGUCGACGUACAGGCGGUCUGCUUCAAAACACCAUGGCGUCGAGAAGAAUAACAACAGCGCCAAGUACUUUUAAAAGUGCCCCAGUCGACCCAAAAAGUUCGAAAGGUGGCAGUACCGCUAACAAAGCCAACAACAGUGGCGCUGGAAAGAAAACUGUUAAAUCAAGUGGUACUGUUGUCAAGUCUCGUUAUCUACAAGCUGUUGAGAAGACAUCUCUUUCAAAGAGCAACUCGCUGACCAACGACUCGAUUUCUGUGCCUCUUCGGUCUUGCUCACCUAAACCCACUGGUGCCAAACCAAAGGUGGGUACCCCACCAAGACGCUCGGUGAUCCCACAGGCCCUUGCAACGUCGAUGAUGUCUCGUGAACCUGAUCCGAUGCUUCUUGGAAAAAGUGUUCUGCAGUCCACUUUCUCAGAUGGUCACUGUUUUCGACCAGAUUUUGAUAUUUCAGUCAUUAAAGAUAAAACGGUGACGGAAAAUCCAGUCAAGCCGGAGAGAAAUCCUGAGGUUGAGAAGAGGAUGGUUGAGAUGGAAACAUUUUUAUUGGCCUACCUCACUGCAAAGAUGGAGAGCAACACUGCAAAAUUUAAAGCUGAGGCAGAGGUGAGGCUGUUGCAAGAGAUGGAGGAAGAGGAGAGGCUGCAUAAUGAGGUUAAGGAAAAGAAGCGCCAUUAUCUUCUGGCAGAGAGGAAAAGGCUGCUGGACGAACAGUUGGAUUUGCAGAUUGAAACACUGACUCCUGUGGCAGAAGCUGCCAAGAAGUUCACAAAGGACUAUAAGAUUUUUGCAGCAGCUGUUGACACCACCCGCCAUGAUUUGCCCGUCAAGAAUUUCUAUAUUGAUGGGGACGGAAAAGAAUUUCUGGAUAAAUCAGAGGCUUACCUGAAGGAAACGGAGAAAUCGUUGCUGGGGUGCACGCAGGGAGACCACGCAGACAACAGUACAUCUUUAGAGUGCCUUAGGGACAUGAAGAUGACCUCAAAAGAUGUCAGUCAGCAACUGUCAAGAACAUUCUCAGAGCUGCUGGAGCUGUCGUCGUUGGUUUGUCGUCAGUCAGUCCACGUUCAACAGGUUUUGGAGGAAGAGCAGCUUGGUAGUUCAAGAACCAGUGAGCUUUUCCGGCCCAAACAGUGAGGAAUGCUGCAAAGCAUGGGAUAUUCAGUAGAUGUACUAUUUAAAAAUUUAACAAAUUACCUGCAUACAGGCUCAAUAAAAUGAAUAAAAUCAUUUUUAAUG